AUGGGGAUGGUCAAGGCUGUGGAGACCCAGCCAGCACCAAGUCCUGCACUUCCACCGGGGCCCAGAGAGGAAGAGCAGUUCGAGGAUGCCCUGCAGAGUGAGUGGCGGGAGAAGCUUUGUGGGCCCGUCGGGCUGGAUCCCUUCGCCUGUCCUGGAGAGAGGAGGGAUCCGGACCCGGCACAGAAGCAACUUCAGGAGAACCUUGGGAACCUCCGGCAGGGCUUCAUGAAGGGCUUGCUGGAGGUGGGGGAGGAGGCCACUCAUCAGAGGGCUGCCAGGGCCCGGGCCCUGCCAGACCGGAAGUCCCCCAGGACCCUGACCCCCGUGCCCACCUCAGCCCCAAGCCUGCCUCUGACCCUGCCUCAGACCCCCGCCUCGGCCCCUGCGAUGGCCCCGUCCUGGGCCCGGUCGCCAGCCUCCGGGCCAGUCCCCGCCCCUGCCCCUGUGGGAUCCCUAGUCCCGGCCUCAGGGCCUGUUGCCACCCUGCCAGCUGCCACCCUGGAGGUGGUCUGGAGAAGGGCAGAACUCUUGCACCUGAGCGGAGAGAGAAGCCUGAGCAGCGCCAAGACACGGCAGGAGCUGGAGGAGCGCGGCCUCCUCAAGCUGUAUCAGAACUGGGACGAGAGGCUCGAGGAGCACCUCACCUUGAGGCAAGAGGAAGCCUUCCGCAGUUACUUUGAGAUCCUCAACGGCCACGGCGAGGUGAACGCGCAGAGCCUGGGGAACAUUCUGCUGCUCGUGGGUAUCUCCAUCACGCCGGCUCAGGUGGAGGACGCCCUGAUGAGUGCUGACGUCGAUGGAGACGGUCAUGUGGGCUUCAAGGACUUCUUGGCGGUGAUGACAGACAUCAGGUGCUGCUUCUGCUCCGUGGAACAGAACGCCCUGACGGACAUGGCUUCCCCAAACCCCCACACUCUGCUCUUUGAGAUCCUGUCCCUGCUGGUGGAGAUGCUGGCCUUACCUGAGGCAGCCUUAGAGGAGAUCACCAACUAUUACCAGAAGAAGCUGAAGGAAGGCACCUGUAAGGCCCAAGAGAUGGAGUUGGCCAUAGGCCGGCUGCGGUCCCGGAAGAAGCUUCCCUACAGCCCCCAGCAGGCAGACUUGGAAGUCCCAGAAUGAAGGGUCCCAUCACGAACACAUGUGCUCCUGCCUACCAACCUGCAAAGCCCCUACGCCCAGGUGUCCUGCAUCCCGCUCUGUUCGCGGCUGGACAAGAAGAUGGUCCGUCGGAAGCAGGGCAGCCACUAUGUGCUGGACCCGUGCACCCCUCCCAGCCUGGGCCCCGACAUCCGGAGCCUCCUCUUCCAGUCAGGAUCUCAAGGAAGCAGGGAACACGGCUCUCAGAGCCGAAAGUGGCUCAGCUCUGUGCCGGCUCGAACCCACUGA